AUGACAAUUUCCAAGAUCCCAGUUUGGUUAGAUUGUGAUCCAGGUCAUGAUGAUAUGAUUGCCAUUUUAUUAACUGCAUUCCAUCCAAAUUUUAAUUUAUUAGGUAUAUCAACAACAUUUGGUAAUUCAUCUUUAACAAAUACAACAAGAAAUACAUUAUCAAUUUUGACAAUUUUCCAAAAAUUAAACAUCCCUGUGUUUAAAGGUUCUUCUAAACCUGUUAUUAAAGAAGCUAAAUAUGCACCAAGUAUUCAUGGAGAAUCUGGACUUGCUGGUACUGAAUUACCUACCCCGGUGAUUGAUAUUUCAAAUCCAAAUGAUACUGAUGAUGAAUUAACAACUUUCUACAAUACAUUGAAAAAAGAGAUUGAUCAACAUAUUGGUGAAAUUUCCAUUGUGGCAACUGGUCCAUUAACAAACAUUGGUAAAUUUUUUCUAGAAAAUCCAGAAUAUAAAUCAAAAGUUAAAUUUAUUUCCAUUAUGGGUGGUGGUAUUGAAAUUUCAAAUUGGGGUGCUGGUGAAUUUAAUACACUUUGUGAUCCUCAUGCAACUAAUUAUAUUUUCCAAGAUUCAAUCUUAUCUCCAAAGACUAUAUUAUUACCAAUUGAUGUUACACAUACUGCAAUUUUAAAUUCAAAAGUUGAAAAGCAAUUACAGUCAACUUCAUCUAAUUUAAGAAAAUUCUUAUAUGAAUUAAUGGAAUUUUUCAAAGAAACUUAUAAAUCACAACAAGCAUUCAUCGAAGGACCACCAAUUCAUGAUCCAUUAGCUGCAAUUGUUCUCUUGGAGGAAUAUGGAUUUGUUGAUUUAGGUAUUGAAAGUAUUAGAUAUAAUUUAACCGCUGUGGAAAAUGGUGAAUUAGAAGGGAAAUUAAAUUAUUUUAAUGAUUCAAAUGGUGUUAAAGUUGUAACUAAAUUGAAUAUUGAUAAGUUUUGGGAAAUUGUUUUGGAAACUGUUGAUAUUGCAGAUCAAUAG